AUGGCGGUUAGGGACAGAUAUGGCAUCAAACCACUUUUCUGGACAGUGGCAGAAGGAAGGCUUCUAGUGGCAGCAGAGAUGAAAGCGUUUAAAUCAAUCGCUGGUGUGAAGUUCGAGUGGGACGUGCGAAGUAUUGCAGACGGGUCUACCAACUUUGGCUACGCGACAACAUUCAAGAACAUUGAGAAGGCAAAUUCAUUCAACCUAGAAUCUUUCGACCUUCGUCUGACGUGUUCUAAGGUGCGCCCUGGCCACUACUUGGUGUGCAAGUCGUUCGGCCCUAUCUCGCAGCACGAGUACUGGAACUCGGACUAUCCAGAUAAGACCGUUGAAGACAAUCGAUCAGAAGACGAAAUGAUCGAAGACGUCCGAAAGCAUCUUAUGGAAGCAAUACGGCUUCGUCUUCGAGCUGAUGUCAAAGUUGGGAUUUCAUUGAGCGGUGGUCUUGACAGUUCAAUCGUGGCUGGCAUGACCAAUCAGCUUAUCAAGGAGGGCGAAAAGGUAGGUGGCGAUGCUGUGACCGACAGGCUGAGCUGUUUCGGUGUUGCCUUUGAUGAAGACAGCGGAUUUGAUGAGUCUGCCAUCGCGGAUCGCACUGCUCAACACCUCGGCGUUCGCUUUUACAAGAAAAACAUGAAUGAGCAAUCGUUAGCAGACCAGCUCGAAGAUGCAACUUGGCAUUGCGAGCAGCCUUAUGCUGAUCUCAAUUUCAUUGGCAUUUACGCACUCUCGGAACUCGUUCGAGAACAAGGUUUUCGGGUCUUGCUGAAUGGGCAAGGCAGUGACGAGAUAUUUGGAGGCUACUCAUUUUUCCUACCAGACUUUCUGCGAGAGCCAGACUCGACUUUCAUCGGCCCAAGAAUACCGGAACCAGAGCGGCGCGAAGCCCUCGACGCCGCAGAAAAGGCAGCUCCCCUCUACACCCUAACUCAACCGGACAAACUCCUCAGCUCACCCAUAGCUCGUCAACAACUCAACAACACAACUGCGGCAAGCAUGAUGGCCACCUCCUCUCCCAGCCUCCCCUUCUCCCCCUGGAUCCCCGAAACUUAUGGUAACUGCGACCAGCAACUGACGUUCUGCGUCACCAUCAAUGGGAGCAUCAUCUCCAAAAUCCAACACAAAUGGCACCCACUCCACACAGCCGAAUACCUCUUCACGACCGCCACGCUCCCGAAUAUCCUGCUCAGCCAUCUAGGCGACCGAGGCGAGAUGGCGCAUUCCAUCGAAGGACGGACCCCCUUCCUCGACCACAAACUGACCGAGUACGUCAACAGCUUACCCCCCAGCAUGAAGAUCCGACCUGAUCCGCAUCAUCCGGGGACAUUCCUCGAGAAGUGGGUCCUAAAAGAGGCGGCCAAACCGCUCAUCACGGAGGAGAUCUACACCCGCAAGAAACAUCCCUACUCGGCGCCGGUGCUGUAUCCGGUCGGUGGACCAAUCCAUGGACUGAUGAAGCGGCUGAUCACGGAGGAGAGCGUGGAGGGGCUGGGGUUCUUGGUCUCGGAGGGGAUCGCGGAGAGGGUGGAGCGGUGUUUCAGGGAGCAGGAUCGGGUGGGAAUGCGGGAGUUGUUCAUGGUUGCGCAGUUUGUGGUUUUGGGGAGAGCGUUUGGGGUUCCGAAGGCGGUGCCGAGAUCGGGUUAG